CACGCUGCCUCUUGAAAUUCCGGUCGCACACGUAACAAGUGUCCCUCAGCAUCAGCAAGCACAAGCGGACUACCGGAAAGCCACGGUUUCGACAUGAGCAGCACUGUAAAGGUUAUUGCCACGCAUAGCGGCACCUUCCACGCCGAUGAGUCCCUGGCGGUUUCCAUGUUGAAGCACCUCCCUGAGUACAUCGAUGCCGAUAUCGUCCGGUCCCGUGAUCCAGCCGUCUUGGCGAAGGCCGACAUCGUCGUUGAUGUUGGUGGUGAAUAUGUGCCCGAGAAGUUCCGGUUUGACCAUCAUCAACGUGGAUUCACGCAGACUUUCGGCCCGAGCUAUGACAUUCUGUUGUCAUCCGCUGGCCUUGUAUACAAGCACUUCGGACGUCGGGUAGUGGCUGAGAUCUUGGGAUGGACCAACGAAGACCCCCGCCUUGACGUUGUGUACCAGAAGAUCUACGACGAUUUUGUCCUCGCUUUUGACGGCAUUGACAACGGUGUAUCGCAGUACGACAACUCCAUCAAGCCAAAGUACCGCGACCCUACCAAUGCUAGCUCGCGGGUUUCGAAGCUGAACCCUUGGUGGAAUGAGACGAAUGUGGACUAUCAGGAACGGUUCUUGCAAGCCGUCGCCAUGGUUGGCGCUGAGUUCAAACAACGCGUACUGUACACGGCCAUGGCAUGGCUUCCCGGCCGCGAGCUCGUCGUGAAGGCGCUCCAAUCCCGUUUCGAGCACGACCCAAGCGGCCACAUUGUCGUCCUGGACCAGUUCUGCCCCUGGAAAGAGCACCUGCAUUUGCUGGAAGAGGAGCAAUCUAUCGCGCAGGAUAAGAGGCCGAUUUACGUGCUUUAUGAGGAUGAUACCGCCAAGCAGUGGCGGAUCCAGGCUGUGUCCGUAACCCCCGACUCAUUCCAAAGCCGGAAGGCUCUCCCUGAACCCUGGAGAGGAAUCCGCGACCAGGCGCUCAGCGACCUGACCGGUAUCCCCGGCGGUGUCUUCGUGCACGCUAGUGGGUUCAUUGGUGGCAAUCAGACAAAGGACGGUGCGAUGGAGAUGGCGAAGAAGGCUUUGGCUUUCUAGAGUUAAGAGUUGGUACAGCUGACGAUGGUGGAGACAUGGGGGCGAUCUGCCGGUCUCUGGGAAAUGAUAUGUUGUAGACUUGCAGUCCGUUGCCGUAUGAGUUUGAACGACGUAUAUGGGCGAUGGUAUAGUCAUGGCAUUCGUAGCGCAGAUCUAUGUAGAAUCUCGUCUUCACGUGCAUGUCAACGGGUCGCCACGGGCAAACUGUGGGUCCGUACUGUAUAUACAAUAUCUACCAAGCUA